ACCCUCCGACGGCAUCUCCCCAAGGAUGUGAGAGCGUCAGACACGAUCAGCGCCAACCCCAUCGAAGCAAAACCCGGAGACAGGACAAGUGCAUUGAGGACCUUCUGUGGAUGGCCAGGUGGAGGCUGGAUUCCCUGCGCCGCUUCUGGCUCAUGUCGCGACGUCUGAUUUCGACAACACGGAUUGGUCUUGAUACCGUGCGAUCAUCCACAGUUUGUUCGUUCACGAGAUUGCGCCUGCAUGAUCUUGCGCGUCCUAUGUCAGCCUGCAUCCGAUCCAGCAAUUGCUCGUCUCGUCAAGGUCAGUUGGUCACGUUUCGCGAAGGCCUUGGUAACUAACGAGCAGCGACUCCAGCGCGAAUUACGAGCAAGACUGCGCCGCAGAUUGAAGACUGGGGUUUGAAGGAUCCGGGAUGCUAAUCUCGCUGUUGGCAAACCUGGUU